AAGUCAGCAGCAGAGGCUUCCUACACCUAUAGUGUCUGGUUCGCCCCAACGCAUUGCCCAGGAUAAAUUAAAAUAAAUAAUUUUGCCUUCUAAAAUAGGAUCAUGACCUGUAAAAUGCUUCAAGUAGCCCUGUGCUCUACAUUACUUGUUGGAGUACUCGGAGCACCACUUUUAUGGGAGGACUCAGCAAACCAGUUCCUACGUCUCAAAAGACACGUAUAUUUGCAAGAUUACUGGGAUGCAGAUAAUAGCCCAAAUGCUUGGGGGAAAGCAUUGGCUGAUCAGGCUCAUGAAACGUGGCGUGCUUUGAAAACAACUGCACAGUACUAUUUGGAUGUGAAAACCUUCACAUUUGACAUAUCCACUGUCCAAUAAAUGUGUACCACUGAUUAAAGUACAGCAAAAAUGGUGGGAAUCAACAAAAAAAGGUGCCAAAGCCACAGUCUUUGAAGAGCGGGGGACAAAUCCAUGCCAUCUGCUAGAUUACUUAUUAUGUCUGUCUAGUAGAGUUGGUGAAGAGUAGUGAAAG